AUGAAAGUUCGAAACGCUGCCAAUAAUGAAUUGGAAAAUGCGGCAAGACAGCUCUUUCAAACUGUGAAGGACCAUAACAACCGCAAUAUCCAGGACAUGCUUGACAUAUCGAAUGUAUACUGUUACCGCAAUGCCCACGACUCAUCGACAGACGAGGAGAACGACGAAGAGGAAUACGAUGAAGAAUUCCAUCCGACACACUUCCCGAGCGCUCCCUGUUGUGUCACGAUCGUCAAUCACGAUGGUUAUCUUGACGCCAUACAGUCAGCAAUCGAAAGGCUGCAAUCGGAUGGACUUGUGUUAGAAACGUCAUUAUCGCCACAAGUAGACACGAUACAAUCAUUGUCGCAGCCUAAUGAAAUUACACGAACUAUCAGAAAGAUUUCUCGCGUUAUGGUAAUCUGCGGACACGUUCUUCAUCGCUCCGCAAUUUAUACCACCCCCACCAAUGCGAAGAUGACUUAUGUCAGAAUGAUGGAUGUGUCAAGUUAUUUGAAUAAGCUUCUUGCAAACGACGCCCUAAACAACGACCUUGUUCGACAUUUCCAAGCGGUUGAGAGAAUACUAUCACAUCCAGCCUGCGAAAUGAUCCAGAAAAUUAAAUUCGACUUAGACCUAAUCGAAGUGUCUAACGGUUUUUGUUUCUCCAUCAACAAACGCGCGUUCAUGGCGAACGCCAUUCCGUCGUCAAAGAUUGGCAA